AUGAAAAAAGAUCAUCGUCGGUGGACAUGGGAAUCGCCCAAUUGCGCGACUCGUGCGGAGAUCGACCACAUACUACUCACCAACCGGAGGUGGUGUCUACUUGACGUCUCAGUAGUACCAUCCUUUUGUUGUGGUUCUGAUCACCGUCUCCUUCGUGCGAAAAUACGACUUAGCCACACAACGGAAAAGAACAUCUGCUAUCGGCAACGAAGGAGAAAAGAAGUCGUCUACGACGAUUGCGUACUCGAGGACUCCUUGUCCCAAGAGGAUUACGAGCCUGUGCUGAACGUGCCUCGAAGCCGCGCACGACUUGGAUCGAAUUUUGAAGACCACCAAGGAGUUGUUGAAAGAAGAAGGACUUUGAGGCUUGAUCCAAAUGCAUUGCACAUUGAGCGGUUAGUAGCAAACACUAGCUGCAGAAAAGCGUUGCUGGAGGAUAUUUCGAAAUACAAGCGGAAGAUUCUUGAAGCAGCACAAAGAAGAACGAGUCUAAAGAAGUGCCGCAGGGAUCUCCGCGAAUAUGAUAUUCCGCUAGCAACCUUUCUGAGCGAAGACGGGACUCGCACGUCUUCUCGUCGUGAGAUGGAAAUCAUUACGGAGAGGUUCUACUCGAACCUUUUCCGUUCAUCAACUUCCGCAUCAAGCCCGAUCAUCCCCACUGGUGAAGCUCCACCACGGAUUCUCCCUUCGGAAUUACGAGUCGCUACCAAGAGCAUGAAACCUGGCACAGCCCCCGGACCUGAUUUUAUAUCAGCAGACUUUCUUCGGGCUGGCGGCCACCCACUUGAUGUAAUCUUAGAAGCGCACAUGACAUACUACCUUCAAAAAGAAAGGAUCCCAAACCAGUGA